ACACAUGAGCAGUAACAAGUUUUAAUCUUGCUUCUCAGUACUAACAUGGGCUAAUCUGUGGAAGCAGCUUAUUCCAGUGUCACCCAGGGUGAAGCCACAUAAGGCUCUGCUGAAGGGUGCUUUCCUCUUAAUUGUAACACCUCAUCUUUUCUUCUUAAAUAGUAUCCGAGAACAUUUACAUUACAGAUAAGCAGUAUAUGGUGGAAAGUUCUACUUUCAAGAGGACUUACUCUCUUCUUGCAAGUUUUAGAUUGGUCCUGUACACAAGACAACAUGAAGGUGUGUGUGCUCCUAGUAUUCUUAGCUUUGUGCUCUGCCGAACCUUUAUUUCACCCUUCAUAUAUAAUGCUGAAGAAUAUAAUGCUGAAGGACAUGGAAGAUGAAGGUGAUGGUGAUGGUGAUGCUGACAACUCUCUUUUUCCAACCAGAGAGUCAAUUAACCCCUUCUUCCCAUUCGAUCUGUUUCCAACAUGUCCAUUUGGAUGCCAAUGCUACUCAAGAGUCGUCCACUGUUCUGAUCUAGGUUUGUCCUCUGUCCCAAGCAACAUUCCACUUGAUACUCGAAUGGUUGACCUUCAAAAUAAUAAAAUUAAGGAAAUCAAAGAAAAUGAUUUUAAAGGACUCUCUUCACUUUAUGCUUUGAUCCUGAACAACAACAAGCUAACAAAGAUUCACCCAAAAGCCUUUCUAACAACAAAAAAGUUGAGAAGACUAUACUUGUCCCACAAUCAACUAAAUGAAAUACCACUUAAUCUCCCCAAAUCAUUAGCAGAACUCAGAAUUCAUGAUAAUAAAGUUAAGAAAAUACAAAAGGAAACAUUCAAAGGAAUGAAUGCUUUACACGUUCUUGAAAUGAGUGCAAACCCUCUUGACAGCAAUGGGAUUGAGCCAGGGGCAUUUGAAGGGGUGACAGUGUUCCAUAUCAGAAUUGCAGAGGCAAAACUAACCUCAAUUCCCAAAGAACUACCAUCAACUUUAUUAGAGCUUCAUUUAGAUUUUAAUAAAAUUUCAACAGUGGAACUUGAGGAUUUUAAACGAUACAAGGAUCUGCAAAGGCUGGGCCUAGGAAACAACAGAAUCACAGAUAUUGAAAAUGGAAGUCUUGCUAACAUACCACGCAUAAGAGAAAUACACUUGGAAAACAAUAAACUAAGAAAAAUCCCUUCAGGAUUACAGGAGUUGAAAUACCUCCAGGUAAUCUUCCUUCAUUCUAAUUCAAUUACAAAAGUGGGAGUGAAUGACUUCUGCCCAACAGUGCCAAAGAUGAAGAAAUCUUUAUACAGUGCAAUAAGUUUAUUCAACAACCCGAUGAAGUACUGGGAAGUGCAACCUGCAACAUUUCGUUGUGUUUUGAGCAGAAUGAGUGUUCAGCUUGGGAACUUCAGAGAAUAAUAAUUAGCAAUUAAUAAUAUCCAUUUAAUCUAAAAUUAAAAAUUGUUGCAUUUGGGGUACUUGAACUCUAUUAUUAAUGUUGGUAUUAUGCUCAGAAGCAAAAAUCUAUUCCCAUAUGGUAUAUCCAGUGACUGACUUUAGGACAAAAAAUUUCAUCAGAAUUUUGCAAAGCUAUUGAUAUAUCAGAAUUAAGAGAAACAAGCAUCGACUGCAUUUUCUUUUCACAUACACAUGAUUUUGCAUAUAUCUCAUGCUUGGAUAUUCUUUCUCAAAAAAAAGAAGACACUGAGUAUUUAACACUUUGUUACCAAAUAUGUGUUAAAAAGAACUGUACUGUAAAUGGAAUGCUUGACUUAGCAAUAUCUGUGUUCUUUUAUUUGCUGUUAAGAAAACAAAAUUAACAAGGCAGUGAGAUGAAGAGUACAUUAUACUAUUCUUAUUUGUUCUUUAAUAAUUUGAGGUUGAACUGUAAUAUUUCUAAAAAUGUUAAAGUAUGGUUUGAUGUAAUCUUAUUCAAAUUAUCAUGUCUUAGGGCCUUACUGUCUUUAUGUUUAAAACUGACCCUUUAUAACAAAACCUUCAGUAAGUGUAAUGACCAUCUUGACAGAUGCUAUUCAUAAGAGCUGCUUUUUGAGCUACAGCACAUGCUUUACUUUUUAAAUUAUUCACUUAUAAAACCUCUAUAAAAUGUAUAGUUGAGUGUUUAUAUAAAAUCUGUAACUCAUAUUUUAUUAUCAAAGUUACUAUAAGCUUUUCAUAGUAUGUCAAUUGGUAAGUUAUGUAACAUUCUCAUCUCAGAGCUAAGGGGUGUUUUCAAGAUGUUCCUUUAUAAGGCCUUGGUUGGAAAGCCAGACACUCUAAACUCUACAGAAAAUUAUCUCCUCAAAUAUGCACAGACUGGAUAACUCUGAAAAACAUAGCAGGUACUAACUAAAUAGGCAGAGCAUUAAAUAAAACACAAAAAACCAAAAAGCUCUGAAUAAAACAAGAGUACUUCAUGUAUUUUUUAAUUGGCAUUCAACAUAAGUAAAACUGG